AUGUCGACUGCAACUUCUGCUUACUCAAGAAGACUACUACUUCACACAGCCUAUCAACCACCUACCACUGCAUCACCACCAUUUGCAGACGCUCAUCAAGCAACUCACUCUUACACACAUCAUAUGAGCUUUGAUGCAAAUGUUGUCAUGGUCCUAUCGGUACUCUUAUGUGCACUAGUUUGCUCACUUGGAUUGCAUUCCAUCAUAAGAUGUGCGUUGAGAUACUCCAAUCUAUUAUCAUCCGAAGCUAGUGACGAGCUCGCGGUUCGUUUGGCUAACACAGGGGUCAAAAGAAAGGCCCUGAAGAGUUUCCAGACGGUAAGUUACUCUACAGAGCCGAAGCUGCCUGGUUUAGACACAGAGUGUGCCAUAUGUCUCUCUGAGUUUGUGUCCGGAGAGCGAGUCAAGCUUCUGCCCAAGUGCCACCAUGGAUUCCACGUCCGGUGUAUAGACAAAUGGCUCAGUUCACACUCGUCCUGUCCCACUUGCAGGCACUGCCUCAUUCAGACUUGCCAGAAGAUAGCUGGCUGCAGCGAGACGACCUCUUCAGCUAAUCAACCACGACAGGACAUGAUUAGCUUGCAUAUAGCACCAUUAGGACCGGAGAGAUUGAUACACGGUUUCUAG